CUCAAACACUCACACACGCUCACGCACGUUCUGACACACACUCCAUACGCGGGCUCGCACGCAACACACACUUGGAGGCAAAAAGACGCACCGAAGACGCACGAAGGUCAGAGGCUCCUCACUGAUUCUCUCUCUUUUCUCUCAACGUCAGGAGAAAGAAAAAGUUUCCCGAAGGAGAGAAAGAAAGAAAGAACGAGUGACGCUCGGCGCGAGCAAGAGAAGACGACAGAAACCUCUUUGGCUUCAUAUCUUCUGCGUCUUGGACACUAUUUUCCCGUUUUUACGCACCAGGAUCUCGCUGUGGGAAUCUCCUCCAACUGACUCCUAGGGUUCGUGGUGCUACACAGUGAGGAAGAGGAAGAGGAACCGGACCAGGGCGAGCCGAAGGGGGUCAACAACUCACCAGGUAUGGCGGCGGUGUUGCCGAGGACCCUGGGUGAGCUGCAGCUCUACAGGAUCCUGCAGCGAGCGAACCUGCUCUACUACUACGAGGCCUUCAUCCAGCAGGGCGGCGACGACGUGCAGCAGCUGUGCGAGGCCGGCGAGGAGGAGUUCCUGGAGAUCAUGGCCCUCGUCGGCAUGGCCAGCAAGCCGCUGCACGUGCGCCGCUUGCAGAAGGCGCUGCGCGACUGGGUCACCAACCCGGCCAUCUUCAACCAGCCGCUCAGCUCGCUGCCCGUCUGCAGCAUCCCCGUGUACAAGCUGCCCGAGGGCUCGCCCACGCUGCUCAGCGCUCAGGACCGGGCCAACACCGCCAGCGUCAAGAUCCCCAAAGCCGUCGCAGCCGCCUGCUCAGACCCCGGGAAGCUGGAGGUGGCGCGGGACAAAGUGUCGGCCGGGUCGCCCCUGCAGGGCGGCAGCGAGGCCCGGUUCUGGUCGGGCCACAGCAACGACAGCGAGCACAGCCUGUCGCCGUCGGACCUGGGCUCGCCGUCCUCGCCCAGAGACGCCCUGGAGGCCCUGGACGCGGCCGCCGUCCAGUCGGUGCUGGAGUGUGUGGACAGGAUGGCCCCUGGACUUCCUAAAGCAGACCUGGCCGAGGUCAAAGAUCAACUGAAGAACAACAAGAAGUUAGCGAAGAUGAUCGGACACAUCUUUGAGAUGAGCGACGAGGAGCCGCGGAGGGAGGAGGAGAUUCGUAAGUACAGCGCCAUCUACGGGCGCUUUGACUCGAAGAGGAGGGACGGCAAACACCUGACGCUGCACGAGCUGACGGUGAACGAGGCGGCGGCUCAGCUCUGCAUGCGGGACAUGGCUCUGCUGACACGUCGAGACGAGUUGUUCGGACUCGCCCGGCAGAUUUCCAGAGAGGUCACAUACAAAUACACCUACCGCACCAGCAAGUCUCGAUGUGGAGACCGAGACGAGCCGUCCCCCAAAAGGAUCAAAACAGAGGAGAACUUCUUCGACAUCCAGGAGGCGCUGCAGGCCAUCCACAUGCGGCAGGAGAUGCUGAGGGAGCAGCUGGCCUGCGCCAAGUUGAAAGGAGAGGAGACCGUCGGGAGGAAUCUGCAGAUCCAGCUGGAGCGUCUGCUGGCGCGGCAGAUGGAGAUCCUGCAGGACGCCGCCGUUCAGGAGCGACUCCAGGCUCUGGACUGGAGGAUCCCCCCCGCCGCUCUGAAGUACCUCAACGACCAGCAACACACUAACGGAGCGGCGGCCGACGCCAGCAGGGACCAGCAAGACGAACGUCCAAUCAACUUGCGGGUGGUGAGUCAAAGCAUGCAGGAAGGUGACCUCCCAUUGGGGAAGCAGCUAGCCAAUGAACUGAAGCGUCAUCACAACCAGAACCACAACAACAACAACAACAACAACACAGACGAGACCAAAACACCAGCAACGGAAAACGGGACGUCGCAGCGGGCGCCCAGCAGCGCAGAGAAGAAGACCAUCAAGUCAGAGCCCGAAGACUCCACAUAGUGCCUCGCCCACCCUCCCACUAUACCCACUACCCAACCUGUACCCACUCCCAGUUCAUUCUACUCACACUUGACAGUAUGCAGUUACUACCCGUCAACAGAUACUAAGCAAGCACAGCCACAGUAGAGCCUUAACAACCAAUGUUGCCUCAUGAAUAGCAUUUAUUUUUCUUUGAUUUCGUCUUUUCGUUGUUUUAUUUUGAAAGGUAUUUGCCAAAGCCCCUGAGAGCAGGUUGGAGGAGCCCUCCAGCGCUCGGCAGGUCUUUGUGUGUAACUGUACAUGUUCGAUUCCCAUGUCCUGAGUGUUUGUACUCUUUACCUCCGCCUGGGUGAGUUUUCUGUUGCUUUCUGUGGACGUCGGGGCUGAGUUUCAAAUUGAAAUAUGAGAACAAAUAUUAGAUGUGAUUGAUUGAUUCCAUUCCGUUCUCAGAGGAGGGAUCCUGAACCUGAAGGUGCCCCCCCCCCCCCCCCCCCACGGCUUCAAUUCAACCUGUAGCUCAGUGUUACGUAGAGAAUUAUAUUCAUGGUUCCAGGGUUUUGAGUCAAUUAUCUUUACAAGCAUCCACAAAGUCGAGAAAAGACUCUCUCAGGAUUAACUGCACAAAUUCAAAAUGUCUCCAUCAGGACGUCGAAACAUUUCUCUCCUGAAAACGUCUCCCGUCAGUCUCACCUGUCCUUUGUCUCCGGUGCUGAGACGAGGCGUCUGUCGGAAACAGGGUGGAACUCAGCUUCUUGUGUUCUGACACGGCCGACUACACACGUGACUAACAACUGAAUAUUUAUUGUAAAAAAAAAUAAAAAAGCAGACACCACAUGAUAAUAGUGGUCAUGCAAUGUGUUCUAACUGUGAGAUUCCUAUUGGCUGUGGUCCUAUUUAAAUAUGAGAAGAUAAAACUUGUUGUCCUGGCCACACGUCCUCUGAGCCUCCGUCUCUUCUCUCCCCCCCCCCCGAGCUAAAGUCUGAACUGUCGGGAGACUGAGUCAGGAUCCAGCCCCUUCACUCCCCAUCCCCGCCCCCCCACCUGGUUUGUGUUAUGUAUAUUUAUGGGGGGGUCAUUUCAGAGGAGGAUGUACAGGAGCUGUUGUGGAGGAACAGCUGAGGCCGAGCGAAUCGGUUCAUUUCACUUUGUAAUUUAGCGAAACACUGCUGUUGAACCAAAACGUGCAUGGACGAGGACAGGGAUAAUUCAGGAAUCAAGAGACCCAGUGAAAUCCUCUCAAUAUGAAAACUUUCAACUCAACACAAUAAAAUACUAAAGAUCUGCAGGUUUUCAACAGCAGCAGCAAAGAGUAAAACCCCUGUGUGUUGCGUGUUGUGUAAAUAGUAUCAUGAUAACGAGUAGUGUUAGCCUAAUCUCUCCACCGGGUGUUUCCUUCGUCCAGUGUAACUUUGCUGUAGAUUUUUCUCGGUGUCAAUACGGUGUUAAUGUACGUGGAGCAAAAUCAAAAAAAAAGAAAUCCUAAGUGUCAUUGAGGAAAAAGUUUCUGGUAUAUAUAUAUAUAUAAAAAAAGAUGCUUUACAUGAUGGUAAUGUUGAUUAGCCUUAGCUCUUAACAGUUUUUAAUCCAUCAGUGCAGAUUUCAAAGAUGUGUUGUUGCUGUUUAGAGGUAGAUACAUAACAAGUAAGUGUUCUUCACUGUGUUUCUGUGUGUGUGUAAAUAUGUCUAUAAUGUCCCAGAUGAUGAUUUAGUCCCCCUGCAGAUAGUUCAGUCUCACUCAGCGUAAUGACACACAAAUGCAAUAUUUAUGUCAGUAAUAAGUCGGUUUGCAUAUUGUAUGGAUCCAUUGUUCUGUGCUCAGUAACUGUACGUCUGUCAUCCGGGUGGAGUUCACCUGCAACACGGGAACUGUGUGUGUGGUUGUGUGUGUGUGUGUGUCGUCUGACUGUUGGUGCACGAGAGCACUGUGCUUGUGUUUGAAGACGUUGUGCUCGUUUCACAAAAAACUCCAUGAGCUGGUUUUGUUUCAAGCAGCAGCGACGCCACGAGCCUGACGAGGAUCUGAGGCUGUGAUCAGGAAAAAGAAAAAGAACCUGUGGCUGAAAGGACAAGUGGAUUCUGGGAGAUGGUUUGGGAGUAAAGGGAAUCGAACACUGGCCGUUGUUGUGUCGUACGAUGCUCAGCACGUGUCUGACCUGCGUCUCACCGAUCACCCUCCUCCUCACUGUUUAUUGUAAAGUGAUAGAUUAGGCUUCACCUAGUUAUGCACCUGUUUUUUAAACACUAAUAUAUUUUAUUUGUUAUACAGCACAUGAACAUUAAACUUUAUUUUUUUGAA